AUGGGUCAUGAUGGAGGUCUCCAGCAGGGAUCAGGCAGGGACCUUGGCGAUUUCCAGAUAUCUCCAGCGGCGAGUGCCUCUGGGGUCUUUUCUUGGGUCUGUUUUCCAGUGCUUGUGAUGUUCCUGCCAGUGCAGGGCGCUUAUGUCUACGGGAAUGUGGACAGCAAGAGGCUGGGCUGCGACCACCUGCCAGCUGCCCUCACGCUCCUGGUCGCUCAGCUCCACAGGGCCUGUGAACAGGGCUGGCUAUGGGAUCCUGCCUCGAAGAGCAGUACUGGGAUCCCCUUACUGGGCAACUGCAUGUCCUGCAAAGCCAUGUGCAACCAUCAGAGCCAGCGCACCUGUGCAGCCUCCUGCAGGUCACUCAGCUGCUGCAAGGAGCAAGGCAGGUUCUAUGACCAUCUCCUGAGGGACUGCAUCAGCUGUGCCUCCAUCUGUGGACAGCACCCUAAGCAACGUGCAUACUUCUGUGAGAACAAGCUCAGGAGCCCAGUGAACCUCCCACCGGAGCUCAGGAGACAGCAGAGUGGGGAAGUUGAAAACAAUUCAGACAACUCGGGAAGGUACCAAGGAUCGGAGCACAGAGGCUCAGAAGCAAGUCCUGCUCUCCUGGGGCUGAAGCUGAGUGCGGAUCAGCUGGCCCUGGUCUACAGCACGCUGGGGCUCUGCCUGUGUGCCGUCCUCUGCUGCUUCCUGAUGGUGGUGGCCUGCUUCCUCAAGAAGGAGGGUCCCUGCUCCUGCCAGCCCCGCUCAAGGUCCUGUCAAAAUCCGGCCAAGUCGUCCCAGGGCAGCAGGAAUUAUGUGACAUCCUCGUGGCCUAUUCUGCAUAUAACCCUGAGGUGGGCUACCACAGCGACCCGAGCCGCAUCACCGCCACCCGAGCCGCAUCACCGCCAUCCUCCUCCUGUAUCUGCUGGAGGA